AUGCCUCGUCAGGCUCGAGCGACUUCGUUCGGUACAGGAACCCUAACCUCUCCGUCCCGCUCCUCCCGAUCGCCGGACACGCAUAAAGAGCUCUGUCAUGUGUUGACCUCCCCCAAUGGACGCACCGCCGGGGUUCCCUCUCCACACCCAGUGUCGUCCGACUGUCCUGCUCCUGCGCGCCUCAUCGCCUCGUACUCCCGGCGAGACACCUACAGACAACACUCGCAUCCUCGCAUCGUACACCAGGCGGUCGACAUUCAGAGGGAUGAGUCAACGCAGCUUCGUCAGAGUGGUCGCACCAAGUAUACGAGAUACUACCACGACGUCGUAUGGGGCCACAAACGGUAUGCGCCAGGAGAGCGAUUCAUCAUCCCAAGUCCGCCGCACGAUAGACCGACCCUGCAUAUCCACCCGCUCACAAUACCGCUUACCUGGGAUAUCCAGGACCUGGCCCCGCCAGAUACACGCGACAUUUCUGUCACUCGCCAACGCCACAUAACUUCACUCGCAACAUACGUACCGCGCAUCUCACUUACGAACGCAAUACCACCGUCACGCGCAGGUCCUAUUCAGAGGAACAUCCGACCCGUCCCAGCAUGUGCCGCCAUCCUCGACUAGGCUCCUACCUUUGCCCAUGGGAACCGUGCUCAAGUCUUUCGGUCUUUCC